AUGGCUUACGAUGGAUACCGUUCGACCCCUAAUUCCUACCAGACGGGCAACUUGAACAUGACCUCCGAUCCGACCGAUCCUUACGGACCACCGCAUCCUCCAUAUCCCUCUCGCCAUGAAAACGAUUACCUGAACAUGCCCCAACCGCAGAUGCCUCAGCCCGCAUCGGCUACCUCAAACAUGGACCAGCCAUAUCCAGAACCUCCCCGCCCGGAGAGUACGAACUCGGGCCAUCUGAACGAUGCUAUCAGUUCCGCUGUCCAUAUUAAUGGGUCUUCCGCCUACCUGUCUCCCGAUGUCUUGCAGCAGAUUACCGCGACCGUGAUCCAGCAGCUCAAAGCUAGUGGCUUGGAGAAUAGCAACCUGCCCGGGUCUGGUCAGCCUCCUGCUCGAUCGCAGUCACUGCAGCCUCCCUACUCGACGGCAGACUUGGCUCCUCGACCACACUCCGAGUCUCCACCGAUUCCUUCUCAGAGAAGCGAAUCAGUGCCUUUCGUCGAUCCCAUGUCUAAAAGCUAUGAUACGCACCCAUAUGUGCCACCCUCUGCCUACUCGAAUGAUCCUCAGUCAAGGACGCAACAAUCACCAGAGUCGUUUUCUAGGCGUCGUGAGUCGAUGUCUAGCCAAGGGAGUCAGGCACCACGCCCCAAGGGCCCGGAGCGUGACACCACAGUGAUGGAGAUGACGACACUGGAGAGAAUUUGGGGAAAGCUUUUUGAAGAUGGAAAGCCUACAAAGAGACUUGGUCAAUUUUUGCGCGGAAUUGCAAUGCACUUGAUCGAAGAUUACCCACCGGGAAAUACCCUUGUCAUUGUCCCCGACAAGCUGCAAAAGUUUUAUGCCGACACCAAUGUUUCGCUAGAUAAAUAUCCUUGGAAAGAUAUAUUUGAUGACCGCACCUCCUCCAUCUCGAGGCUGUUCCGCGACGUGGAAGUGGAACACCACCUGGUCCAGUCGGCUGAUCUCAAAGAACGACCCGAUAUCCCGGGGCUGACGCCGAAAGGAUUUGAAAAAUGGGUUACCAUGAUGAUUCAAGCCCAUCCAGACCGAGAAUACGAGCGCUUGCAAAAGGCUGUACUCAACAUGCCAAUCAGCAAUCCCGAUGACAAGAAAGAGCGGUUCCCGAAAGAGAUCCCGCGCCGGCUCUUCCCUGACACCGCUGAUAUUCAACUAAGAGAGGAGACCGAGGAAUAUAUAAUGAAGCACUGCGGAGUUGAUCUGCCUCGCAUCACCGAUCAGGAACGCGAGCUCUCACGACCAGCGACUGCAAAGAGAUCCCCCGAGCCAGCCAUUUCAUCCUCCGGCCGGGCUCGGUCAUACGAACGAGGACGCCCUCCACCUACUUCUGCCUCUGCAUCUUCCGUAUCAUCUUCGGCUGUGGUUGAUGACGAAGAUGAAGAAGUUACACCCUCAGUCUCCAUCGAGCGCGAGAGAAAGCCAUACAGCGCUCACCCGGGACGCGGCAAACAAUAUAAAGAGUCGGGCUCAGGCCACUCUCGCACUGGCAGCUCAACUGGCUCCUUCUCCACAUCCAGACCAGCAGAUAUCACGGGUACGACCUCGACCUUGAACUCUACCUCGGACCCCUUGAAGCACCGGCCGGCGGAAAAGUUUGACCGCGAUUCCCGCUAUGGUCGAACUGGCUCCGGCCCCGCUUCUCGACGAUUCUCGCGAACAUCCCGCAGCUCGUCUCGUGGGAUGAACACACGUCCUGGAGACUAUCGACACUCGGAAGGCGAUUUGCAUAGCCGCGACAACACACCCCGAUACGACGGCAUAUCUGCCGCGGAUCUAUACAUGGAGUCUCCAACUUCUAUCCUGCCCGAUAGUGACGAUGGCCGUCGGUUCAAAGAUCAUCGUAGCAGUCGCAGUGGCGAGGAUUAUCAUCGUGGUAUGCUUGGUGGACACGGUGGUGGACCGGUCAAGUACUACCACUGA